AGGCGCGGCCCUUCGGGGCGGCCCCUCGGGGGGCGGUGAAGACCUCCGCGGCCCUCCGUCGUCCGCACCGCAGCUGGCCUCACUCGCCCGCCCCUUCCUGAUCCUGCCGCUGCCCUCCACGCCUCUCCCCCACCUCCACCCUCUCUCCUUUCUCUCCGCUCUUCCUCCCCCUCCUCCUCCUCCCCUCCAGCCGCUGGGAGUCGCGGGUCGGACGAGCCGCCGCCUCCUUCUCUGCGUCCAUGUAUGAGGGGAAGAAGACGAAGAACAUGUUCCUGACCCGGGCCCUGGAAAAGAUUUUGGCCGACAAGGAAGUGAAGAAGGCGCAUCACUCCCAGCUGCGCAAGGCGUGCGAGGUGGCGUUAGAGGAAAUAAAAGCGGAAACUGAAAAGCAGAGUCCUCCUCAUGGAGAAACAAAAGCUGGAUCAAGCACCCUUCCACCGGUGAAAUCAAAGACAAAUUUCAUCGAAGCAGACAAGUACUUCCUACCUUUUGAAUUGGCAUGCCAGUCCAAAUGUCCCCGCAUAGUUAGUACAUCUCUAGAUUGUUUACAGAAACUUAUUGCUUAUGGGCACUUGACUGGCAAUGCUCCAGAUAGUACAACACCAGGCAAAAAAUUAAUUGAUAGAAUUAUUGAAACAAUUUGUGGCUGUUUCCAAGGUCCUCAAACAGAUGAAGGAGUUCAGUUACAGAUAAUAAAGGCUUUACUUACUGCAGUAACAUCUCAACACAUAGAAAUUCAUGAAGGAACUGUACUGCAAGCUGUGAGAACAUGUUACAAUAUCUAUCUUGCAAGCAAAAAUCUCAUCAAUCAGACAACAGCCAAAGCUACUCUUACUCAGAUGCUAAAUGUUAUCUUUGCACGCAUGGAAAACCAAGCAUUGCAGGAAGCCAAACAAAUGGAAAAAGAAAGGCAUCGACAGCAUCAUCAUCUGUUGCAGUCUCCAGUAAGCCAUCAUGAGCCUGAAUCACCUCAACUCAGAUACUUGCCACCGCAGACUGUUGAUCAUAUAUCCCAAGAACAUGAAGGGGACCUUGAUCCCCAUACAAAUGAUGUGGAUAAAAGCCUUCAGGAUGAUACAGAACCUGAAAAUGGAUCUGAUGUUUCCAGUGCAGAAAAUGAGCAGACUGAAGCUGAUCAGGCAACUGCAGCCGAAACGUUAUCUAAAAAUGAUAUAUUAUAUGAUGGAGAAAACCAUGACUGUGAGGAAAAGCCACAUGACAUUGUACAGAGCAUUGUAGAAGAAAUGGUGAACAUCGUUGUUGGAGAUAUGGGAGAAAGGACUACCGUAAAUGCAAGUGCAGAUGGUAAUAUUGGAACCAUAGAGGAUGGUAGCGACAGUGAAAAUAUUCAAGCAAAUGGAAUUCCAGGCACACCAAUUUCUGUUGCAUAUACACCGUCCUUACCCGAUGACAGAUUGUCUGUCUCUUCCAAUGAUACUCAGGAAUCUGGAAAUUCUUCAGGACCUUCACCUGGUGCUAAGUUUUCCCACAUUUUACAAAAGGACGCCUUUCUAGUAUUCAGGUCAUUGUGUAAACUGUCAAUGAAGCCACUGUCAGAUGGACCACCAGAUCCAAAGUCUCAUGAGUUACGAUCCAAGAUUCUUUCAUUGCAGUUACUUCUAUCCAUUCUGCAGAACGCAGGACCUAUUUUCAGGACAAAUGAGAUGUUUAUUAAUGCUAUUAAGCAGUAUCUAUGUGUUGCACUCUCAAAAAAUGGAGUUUCAUCUGUUCCAGAGGUUUUUGAGCUUUCUCUUUCCAUAUUUCUUACUUUGUUGUCAAACUUCAAGACGCAUCUGAAGAUGCAGAUUGAGGUGUUCUUUAAAGAAAUUUUCCUAUAUAUUUUGGAAACUUCUACCAGCUCAUUUGACCACAAAUGGAUGGUUAUUCAGACUUUGACAAGGAUUUGUGCAGAUGCUCAGAGUGUAGUGGAUAUUUAUGUAAACUAUGAUUGUGACUUAAAUGCAGCAAACAUCUUUGAGAGACUAGUAAACGAUCUAUCAAAAAUUGCUCAAGGACGGGGCAGUCAGGAGCUUGGUAUGAGUAAUGUUCAGGAACUGAGCCUGAGGAAGAAAGGUUUAGAAUGCUUAGUGUCAAUUUUGAAAUGCAUGGUCGAAUGGAGUAAGGAUCAGUACGUGAAUCCCAACUCUCAGACAACUCUUGGUCAGGAAAAGCCCCCAGAACAAGAGACAAGUGAAAUCAAACACCCUGAGACAAUAAACAGAUACGGAAGUUUGAAUUCCCUGGAGUCAACGUCGUCAUCAGGAAUAGGCAGCUAUAGUACACAGAUGUCUGGCACUGAUAAUCCAGAACAGUUUGAAGUCCUAAAGCAGCAAAAAGAAAUAAUAGAACAAGGGAUAGAUUUAUUUACUAAGAAACCAAAGAGGGGAAUACAGUACCUCCAAGAACAAGGGAUGCUUGGUACUACACCUGAAGAUAUUGCCCAAUUCUUACAUCAAGAGGAAAGAUUAGACUCUACUCAAGUGGGUGAAUUCCUGGGAGAUAAUGAUAAAUUUAACAAAGAAGUCAUGUAUGCAUAUGUGGACCAACAUGACUUUUCAGGAAAGGAUUUUGUUUCAGCCCUUCGUAUGUUUCUGGAAGGAUUCCGUCUUCCAGGGGAAGCUCAGAAAAUUGAUCGAUUGAUGGAAAAAUUUGCUGCAAGAUACCUAGAAUGCAACCAAGGACAAACCCUUUUCGCUAGUGCAGAUACUGCUUAUGUUUUGGCUUAUUCCAUUAUCAUGCUGACCACUGAUCUCCACAGCCCACAGGUUAAAAAUAAAAUGACGAAGGAACAGUACAUUAAGAUGAAUAGGGGUAUUAAUGACAGUAAAGAUCUUCCUGAAGAGUAUCUAUCAGCCAUCUAUAAUGAAAUAGCGGGAAAAAAGAUAUCAAUGAAAGAAACAAAAGAACUAACAAUCCCUACAAAAUCAAGUAAACAAAAUGUAGCCAGUGAAAAACAAAGAAGACUGCUCUAUAACUUAGAAAUGGAACAGAUGGCCAAGACAGCUAAAGCCCUCAUGGAGGCCGUGAGCCAUGUUCAGGCACCUUUCACGAGUGCAACGCAUUUGGAGCAUGUGCGACCCAUGUUUAAGUUGGCUUGGACACCUUUUCUGGCUGCGUUCAGUGUGGGUCUACAAGAUUGUGAUGAUACUGAAGUAGCCUCUCUUUGCCUGGAAGGUAUAAGAUGUGCAAUCAGAAUUGCAUGCAUUUUCAGCAUUCAGGUAACAAGGAAUUUUACCUUUGUAGCCAGUCUGGAAAACGUAAAUUACUUAUGUCAUUACUGUAGUUUAAGUUAUUUCUUGUGUUGCAUUUUUGUAAUUAAGAUUCUGAAGUGCAUCAGUCAGUUGGAGCUUGCACAACUUAUAGGAACUGGAGUGAAACCUCGAUACAUUUCUGGAACGGUACGAGGCAGAGAAGGAUCUCUUACUGGAACAAAAGAUCAGGCUCCUGAUGAAUUUGUGGGUCUAGGGCUAGUUGGAGGAAAUGUGGAUUGGAAGCAGAUAGCAAGUAUUCAGGAAUCCAUUGGAGAAACCAGUUCUCAAAGUGUUGUUGUUGCUGUGGAUAGAAUAUUUACAGGAUCCACAAGGUUAGAUGGCAAUGCUAUUGUGGAUUUUGUCCGUUGGCUCUGUGCUGUGUCUAUGGAUGAAUUACUUUCCACUACACACCCAAGAAUGUUUAGUCUACAAAAAAUAGUAGAAAUAUCGUAUUACAACAUGGGAAGAAUAAGAUUGCAGUGGUCUCGAAUUUGGGAAGUUAUUGGAGAUCAUUUUAAUAAGGUUGGCUGUAAUCCUAAUGAAGAUGUAGCUAUUUUUGCAGUAGACUCCUUGAGGCAGUUGUCAAUGAAGUUCUUAGAGAAAGGGGAGCUUGCUAAUUUCAGAUUCCAGAAGGAUUUCUUAAGACCUUUUGAACAUAUAAUGAAACGGAACAGGUCUCCAACGAUUCGAGAUAUGGUUGUACGGUGUAUAGCACAGAUGGUUAAUUCUCAAGCGGCUAACAUCCGGUCCGGAUGGAAGAACAUUUUUUCUGUAUUUCAUCUAGCCGCAUCCGAUCAAGAUGAAAGCAUAGUUGAACUUGCGUUCCAAACAACGGGGCAUAUUGUCACGCUUGUGUUUGAAAAACACUUUCCAGCAACCAUUGAUUCUUUCCAGGAUGCAGUGAAGUGUUUGUCUGAAUUUGCAUGCAAUGCGGCUUUCCCAGACACAAGUAUGGAAGCAAUUCGACUUAUUCGCCAUUGUGCAAAAUAUGUGUCUGAUAGACCUCAGGCUUUCAAGGAAUACACAAGUGACGACAUGAAUGUGGCACCUGAAGACAGGGUGUGGGUGAGAGGAUGGUUCCCAAUUCUCUUUGAGUUAUCCUGUAUCAUCAAUAGAUGCAAAUUAGAUGUAAGAACCAGGGGUUUAACGGUAAUGUUUGAAAUAAUGAAAACUUAUGGCCACACUUAUGAAAAACACUGGUGGCAAGAUUUAUUUAGAAUUGUCUUCAGAAUCUUUGACAACAUGAAAUUGCCAGAACAGCAGACAGAGAAGGCUGAGUGGAUGACAACAACUUGUAACCAUGCGCUUUACGCGAUCUGUGAUGUGUUCACCCAGUAUUUAGAAGUACUUAGUGAUGUACUUUUGGAUGACAUUUUUUCCCAGCUCUACUGGUGCGUGCAGCAAGACAAUGAGCAGUUAGCACGAUCUGGUACAAACUGCUUAGAGAACGUUGUUAUUCUGAAUGGUGAAAAAUUUACCCUAGAAAUCUGGGACAAAACUUGCAACUGCACCCUGGACAUCUUCAAAACCACGAUCCCACAUGCGCUCUUGACCUGGCGUCCCUCUUCAGGAGAAACUGCUCCCCCACCUCCAUCUCCUGUGAGUGAAAAACAGUUGGAUACAAUAUCGCAGAAAUCUGUAGAUAUUCAUGAUUCUGUUCAGCCGAGAUCUGCAGAUAAUAGACAGCAAGCUCCAUUGGCUUCUGUCUCCGCUGUGAGUGAAGAAGUCAGCAAGAUCAAACCCACAGCAAAAUUUCCAGAACAAAAAUUGUUUGCCGCCCUGUUGAUUAAAUGUGUUGUGCAGCUGGAACUCAUCCAGACUAUCGACAACAUCGUGUUCUUCCCCGCCACAAGUAAGAAGGAGGACGCGGAAAACUUAGCCGCGGCGCAGAGAGAUGCCGUGGACUUUGACGUUCGAGUUGAUACUCAAGACCAAGGAAUGUAUCGCUUUUUAACAUCACAACAACUCUUCAAGCUACUGGACUGCUUGUUGGAGUCACACCGAUUUGCAAAAGCAUUUAACUCCAACAACGAACAGAGGACGGCUCUGUGGAAGGCAGGUUUCAAGGGCAAAUCCAAACCCAACCUUCUGAAACAGGAGACCAGCAGCCUGGCUUGCGGGCUGCGCAUUCUCUUCCGGAUGUACACGGACGAGAGCCGGGCCAGCGCCUGGGAGGAGGUCCAGCAGAGGCUUUUAAAUGUCUGCAGUGAAGCACUGAGUUACUUCCUCACCCUGACGUCAGAAAGUCAUCGCGAAGCCUGGACUAACUUACUGCUCCUGUUUCUAACUAAAGUUCUGAAGAUCAGCGACAACAGGUUUAAAGCUCAUGCAUCAUUCUACUACCCUCUUUUAUGUGAAAUUAUGCAAUUUGACUUGAUUCCUGAACUUCGUGCUGUUCUUAGAAGAUUUUUUCUGCGAAUUGGAGUAGUUUUUCAGAUAUCACAACCACCUGAACAGGAAUUUGGAAUAAACAAGCAGUGAUGGAACUGAGUAUUUUUCUUUUGGCGUUUACAUCCCUCCGCUCUUUAAAAGAACCCUGGAGCUGAGCUUUCCUACCUGAAAAACGGUUUCUCUGAAUGGCAAUGUCUAAGGGUUACUGGUAAAGAAGCUUAGAACUUCAGCUCGAACCUGCAAUCUCCAGUCCCUUUCGUAACCUGAUGGAUUCUGUUUGUCGUGUUGGGCUCACGAGCAAAAAGCCUGUUUCCACAGUGUCAGCCCACGUGUCCUUCCCUGUCCUGGGUGCAGGGGGAGCCCCACAUAUUUUGGCAGGUGUGGAAGUGAAACUUACCCAAAGAACUACAGAUGUAAAGAUUUGAACUUCUGCAAGAAGUACAACUCAGGAGAGCUGUAUUUUGAAGGAUAAAAUGUUUAUACCUGGGGGUUGGGGAGAAGAAAUUAUUGUUCAUGGUAAAAGAUAUUUAGCAGCUAUGGUAUUCUUAUUCUGAAGAUUUUUGCACACUCAGGCUAUCUGAGAUACUGGUAAUCAUCCUUCUGUGAAAAAUGUACAGAGAUGCAGGUCUGUAAUAUAAAAAUCUUAAACAUUAUAUAGUUCUUCCUGCACUGUUUUAUUUUAUUUCUUUAUUUUCUUAUUCAUUUGCUAAAUAUCUAUAAUAUUUUGUCAAAUGCACUAAACGUUUGGGUUAAACUUUGUCUCUUUUUAUUUUGUGGGGAUUUUGGUUUUGCCCUUUCUAGAGGGGGUGGCUGUUUUGAGGGUUGAACAUGCCCAGAAGCUGUUGUGGCUGACACUUGUCAUGAUCAACAACAGAAGAGGUGGAAAAUGUCCCUGCUGAUGUUAACUACCUGUAAUAUCCUUCUCCUAGGGCUUCUAAAGGUGAGCCAUUAAAAUAGAAUGAUCCUUCAUGGACCGAAACUUGAAUCACUGCAAAAUGAAUCUAGGUUGCUAUCACUUUCUUUUCUUUUGGGUGGCAAGGCUUGAUGUAGAUUUUACUCUGUGUACAGAAUUUAAUGUUGAAUAUAUUAAAAUAACAAAUCUGGCAUGGUUUGAGGAGGUUAGAUUUACUGGAAAUGUAUUCAUACUGUGAAUUGUGCUCUGAUGGUUAAAAAAAACGACAAGAUUGUCAAGCAUUCCGUAUAAACAGUGGAUGUAGAAAAUUUUUUCAGAUGGAUAAAAUGUAUAUGGUACAGAUGUAAAGUUUUCUAUGUAAAAAAUUCUGUACAACUUUCUGUACAAUAUUGAUUCUCAUCUGGCAUAUUCUAAUCAGGUUAUAGGUCAAUAAAGUUUUUGAAUUAUUUCAUCAGUGCAAUCAAAA